AUGGACCCUGUUCGCACGUCCCCCCUUCCUUCCGAGUGUAUGUCUCCUCGACCCCCUCAACCACCACACGACCGCAUAUCUCACGAGGACGAGAGCGCAGGCCAGAGUGGCGAGCAAUCCCAGCCGCAACCAGUGCCAGCACAACAUGGCACGCCAGACCACAGCUUCAGCCUGGACCCGGCCUUCCCACGCCUGACCGAGACAGCCGUCGAAUCAUCGCCGUCCGCUGACAGGCGGUUGGACGAAGGCGAGCAGAAGAUGACGUACGCGCAACUCAUCUACAUCGCACUCCACAGCACAGAAAAAAAGGCGAUGGGACUAGGCGAACUCUACCACUGGUUUGAGGAAAACACCAGGAGAGCCAACAAGGGAGGCGAAGGAUGGAAAAACAGCGUUCGUUCGAACCUGAGCGUAAACAAGGCCUUCCAACGAGUGGAACGGAAAGGCUCCCUCUGGCAGCUCACGGAGGCAGGGUUGACGGAAUUCCAACCAACGCGUAAACCCCGAACGGAUCGCCGGGCGAGUCGCAGGAAACAGCCAGAGGGGUCAUACAAAUGGAAGAUCAGUGUCGCAUUACCUUCUCCGUCUUGCGCGCCCACUUUGCAGGACCACUCGAAGGAAAACGUGCCCGGAAGUGAUUGCGGCGACGAUGGGUUUUGGUCAUUUGACGGCGGCUUCACGUCGCCCGAGAGGAGCCAGCCUGAAAGCGGAACCUCUACCGAUUAUCCCACGCCGACACCGAUUACUUCGACGCAAGAUGGCUUGGAUCACAUGCAUGAUCCGCUAUGGGCUUGGAACCUGGAUAGUGGGCGCUACGUUCACUGGCCCUACUGUAGCUGCCUCUGUGGCCGACAACAAUUUUGUUGGACAGACGUGAAUGACAUGUUGCCAUUAUGCACCCCGACAGCGUUUGCUCCCAUGUGGACGAGCAUGGGUGUGGGCUCCAGUCCGCCGUCGGAACCGUCUGUGCAAUGGGAGAUCUGA